CAACCGCCAACCAAUAGUCUAGCCAUAGCAAAAUGAGAAGUGCUACUACUAACACUAUCUUCUCCUUGUUGGUCUAUUUCUUACUGAUUCAUCAUGCAACAUUUUCAUUGGCUUAUAACAAAAAUGAUGUUAAUGAUUCAAUAUAUGAUGAUUGUAACAUCAACAUGAUAAAAUGGAGAAUAGGAGCAAUUAUUAAUCCAACAACAAGAGUUGGCAAAGAGCAAAAGAUAGCUAUGGAAAUGGCUGUUGAUGAUUUCAAUGCCCAAAAUUCCAAAUGUUUACAGUUAGGUUUCAACUUUGCUUAUUAUUCUCAUGGCCCUGCAGCUUCUCUUGCAACUUAUCUUGCCAAGAAGAAGCAAGUACAUGCCAUCCUUGGACCAUUGACACACCAAGAAGCUGCUCUAUUUUCUAACUUUGAUGAUGAAGCCUACAAGGACAUUCCCAUUAUUUCUCUAACUCCAGCUGCCACCUAUUCGACAAUAUUACUCACAGAACCAACUUCACUAAUCCAUAUGAGUAAUGAUGUUAAAUUCCAAAUGCAAUGCUUUGCUGCAUUAGUUGGGCAUUUCAAAUGGAGAAAGGUGAUAGCUUUAUAUGAAAUUAGUAACAGUUUCUCCAAUUUGGAUUUUGGGCUAAUCACUCACCUUUCUGAUUCACUCAAACUUGUUGACUCUUCUAUUGAAUAUCAUUUAGCUUUUCCUCCUUUGUUCUCUGUUUCAAAUUCAAAAUCUUUCAUUCAAGAAGAACUGGAGAAGUUAAGAAUCAAGAAUGUUAAAGUUUUUGUGGUGGCACAAUGUUCUUUACACUUUGGUUUGGUUCUUUUUGAGGUGGCAACAGAAAUGGGAAUGAUGGGGAAGGAUUAUGUAUGGAUUGUUUCAGACAAUAUGGCAAGUCUUCUUGACUCUGUUGAACCCUCUGUUUUACUGAACAUGCAAGGUGUAAUUGGUUUUAAGGCAAAUGUUAAUGUAAAAACUGAGUCUUUUAGAGAGUUCAAUGUUAAGUUCAGGAGAAAGUACAGAUUAGAAUAUCCUGAAGAAGAAGAAGGGUAUCCAAGUCCUAGCGCAUAUGCUCUCAAGGCUUAUGAUGCAACAUGGGCAACUGCUAAAGCCAUGGAGAAGUUAUCCAGAAGUGAUUCAAGUGAACUUGUGAAAAGCAUUUUGUUGAGUGAUUUUGAAGGUUUAAGUGGGAAAGUUAGCUUCAAGAAUGGCAUGUUAUAUCAAAAGCCAACCUAUAGGAUCAUUAAUGUGAUUGGCAAAAGCUAUAGAGAAGUAUCAUUUUGGUCACCAGAGUUUGGUUUUUCUGAGGAUCUUGUUGAAUACAAUGGGAUGACGUUGAAAAUCGGCAACGGUUUAGAAGGGGAUUUGGGGUCAAUUUUGUGGCCUGGUGGUAAGCAAACUGUUCCAAAAGGGUGGACAAUUGGUGGCCUAGAAAAACCACUUAGAAUUGGGGUACCUGCAAGGGGUGCAUUUAAUCAGUUUGUGAAAGUUAAAUUUAUCCAAGAGAGGAAUGAGACUCUGAUUGAUGGAUUUUCAGUUCAUGUUUUUGAAGCAGCAGUAAGGAAACUUCCAUAUUAUCUGCCCUAUGUUCUUGUUCCCUUCUAUGGUAAUUAUGAUGAAAUGGUUGAAGGAGUUUCAAACAAGAGUCUGGAUGCAGCAGUAGGUGACACAGAAAUAUUGCCUGAUCGCUAUGAGCUUGCAGAAUUUUCACAGCCCUAUAUUGACUCUGGACUCGUCAUGGUAGUGACUGAAAGACCAAGACUCAAAAAGACCAAUUUUAUUGUUAUCAAGGCCUUCAAGUUGAAGUUGUGGAUUCUGCUGGCAGUGAUGAGCAUGUCUACAGGAGUUGUCAUCUGGUUAAAUGAGUACGUAAAUGAAAACCCGGAUUUCAGCGGUUCUUUCCCUCAGCUUAUUGGAUCAAUGCUUUGGUUCUCUGUCACUGUUCUCUCUUUUUCACAAAUUUGGGAAAUCAUUACAGGAGAAGUGAUCAGAAGCAAUCUAUCUCGACUUGUGCUGACUACAUGGCUAUGUGUAGUUGUGGUUGUCACAGCUUGCUUUACUGCACUUCUUUCCUCCAUUAUGACAGUUCCUAGGCUGGAACCUUCUGUAGUAAAUGUUGAUUAUCUUCUAAGGACCAACGCUGCAGUUGGUUGCAACAACAAGUCAUUUAUAAUCAAAUAUCUGGUGAAUUUGCAAUUCAAGCCAGAGAACAUCAAGGAAAUCAGUUCAAUCAAUGACUACCCUAAUGCUUUUGAGAAGGGAGAAAUUUCUGCUGCUUUCUUUGUAGUUCCACAUGCCAAAGUGUUCCUUGCUAAGUUCUGCAAAGGUUACACCAAGUCAGGACCGGUCUAUAAACUUGGUGGAUUUGGCUUUGUCUUUCCAAAGGGUUCUCCCUUAGCAGUUGAUAUCUCAGAAGCUGUUCUUAAAGUCUCGCAGAGUGGAGAGAUCAGACAACUAGAAGAACAAAUGCUCAUUUCUUCAAAUUGCUCUUCUUCAUCAGCUGUGGAACAUGAUCCUGGAUUAGGACCAGAGUUGUUCUCAGGUCCGUUACUUAUUUCAGGUGCUACAUGUGGAAUUGUAUUUAUGAUCUCAAUCGCUCGUUUAGUCAGAAAACACUGGCUAUAUUUAAGCUCUAUAAUUGCAAAUAGUGCAAAUGUAGUUCUUAGAUGUGCUUCUUUGGUUCUAACUCAGUGCUAUACAAGAACAGUAGGAUCGAGAUCAGUUAAAGAUAGCAACAGUGUGAUUGAACAAAUACCAAACAAUCAACAGAAUAUUGAAAUGACAGAGGUAUUCUGAUGGGACAAAAGCUGGUAAAUCAUGAACAGAUUGGCCAAUGCUACUUUUCUCGUCUCUCUUUGUAAAUAUCUGUUUUUCUUCCUUUUUCAAGAUCAGCAGUUGUUAUGAGCCAAAGAAUUUCUUUGUGCAAGUUAAUGUGAGUGAUACGUUCUACUUGCUUUUUGUUGAUUCUUAAGAUGUUUUUGGUGAUUAACAAAUGAAUUUCGAGAUGCAGAAUGAUCCUAUCUUUUAUUUCAA